GUGAGGAAAUUCAGAGCACUUGGUCCGUUUCGGCCUCAAGCCAUGUUUGGUUCUGCUGCUCUCCAGCUGAAGCAUCAACUAACCGGGAAGUGGAUUUUGGUGGAAUCCUUUCCUCGGACCAUCCAACUUCCAUCUACGCCCUCUCUCGUCACUGCAGCCCAGCAGAGAAUUCUCUUAAUCCCAUAUGUCACCAAAAGCACCAUAGAGUUCUUGCUCCAUAAUUUGCGCCAACCGGGCCAGGGAAAGUCAAAAAGAAUGAAGCGUAAAGGUGAAAGCCCCAGCUGACGCGCCAAUUUUGGCAAUUAUGAGCUUAUGGCCUCCAAACACGUCUCUGAGGACGGCAUUGUAUGGCCUCUCGGAAAACUAAAGUCAUUUGUCAUAAAGCAACAACGACAUGUCACCGCAUAGCAGCCCAUUCGUUUAUCCUACAUAGCAAUUAUUUGUUUUUAAUCAUUUCUCAAUAUCUUUUUUUUUUUGGGUUGUUUGCAUGACCUUAGUUGCCAACCCACUUUCUCUGUUUCCAUUGAUGCAAAAUUCAGCAAAUUCUCUAGUGUUUAUUUGAAACAUGCCUUUGUAUAUGUUUCUCUCUUUAAUGUGCUCAUUUCAAGGCCAAACUCAUGUAAGGAAAUACUGCUCUGCUAUUUUCCCACUGGCACCGACAGCGAGCUUGCCACUCCAGUGUCUUGGCUUCACUCAUAGACCUCAGACUUUCCUCCAUCCCCCUCGGGAUCUCACCGAGACAGGGCAGUUCUGUGUCCCGCCGGCCUCUCCGCGUCGCCCCGUCUCAGCCGUUGAUGUUCCCCUGCCAAGAUCGCAGGAUUUGUCGCUUGCCUCUGAACUUAUGGAUUCCCAUAGCUUAAAGGAAAGCAAUGUGGAGAGACGAUGAAGAGGGGGGGGGGGGGGGUGAUUCAGACCACCGCAGAGCCGGGGAGACCCCUCUCUUCCUCCUCGCCGGUUCCCACCGCUCCCAACAUGGCACACACAUGUUGAAAAGGUCAGGUCUUGAUAGACAACAGAGCACUGGCAAUUAUGCUGCUAUUUCUUAGUGGCUGGAAGUCCCCUUUUUUCUGCUGGUGUUUGUGUAGAACCAGGGUGUUUUUUUUUCUCGUUUAUGGAGAAUAAAGGAGCAGUGUUUUAGGGGGAAAAUGAGCCGAGACAGGGGGAACGUGGAGCUGCAUGUAGGGACCUGUACCCGGAUUGCGUCUGUCUGUCCGCUUGAGAAAUUUGGUAAAUGCGCAUGAGGGAAGGCAGGUGUGCAAUAGGGUUCCUAAAUAUUCUAUCGAUAAGAGAAUGUGUACUUCUUUGUGUGGGGGCCUUUUGUCAGAUCUCACCUGAGUACAGAGAUGGCUGCUAGGAUGCUUACUAAGAUUUCUCUCUGAUCGCUCAUUUCUAGCCCUCUCAGGACGACUUUCGUGGCAGAGUGAAACUGUCAGACUUAUGACAACACCAGAACACAAUCAGACCGAUCUGGAGAUCACACAGCGAGGAUGCCCUGGUCCCUUAACAACUCCAGCGUGGUGCUGUAACAUAUAAUGCCUUACAGCUGGAAGACUCCCUUGUAUACUUCCAACCACCAGCUUUAUGUGUGCAUGUGGCGCCAUUUUUGAUCCGGGACUUGGAUUUGAUUACAGUAUUGUGACUUGUGAAAGAGCAGUUGGGUAUUGUGCCCCCAGAAUGCCUGCACAGCUAUAGUGCCUUAAAGGAGAAGGGGGUCUAUAGGGGUGCCGGGAGGCCCCACAGAGCAUUUCAUUCAGGUUGCUAUGCAUGUUAGACAGAUUAAGUCUUGUAAAUGGCUGCCAGUAAUCGUCCCUAUAAAAGAGCAGCUGCGUGUAGCCGGUUGUAAUAUGGCGGCUUUACUUUGCCUCCCUCCACUGCAUAACAUGCAGAUUUGCAUAUGAGCGCUGCUUGUUUAUGCGGCGAGAGGUUGCCCUGGAUAUGCACUCUGCUCUGGAUGACUUUCAAGUCAUAUCUAAAUUGCUGCCACGCUCUGGAAUGCACCUUUGCUCCUGGGAAAUAUCACCUGAACGACUUGUACGUGUGUACACGAGCAAAAUGUUUCCAACAAUUCCUAAAAGAGCUUUUCGGUGGGAGAAAAAUGAAGUGACGGCUUCACCUCUGUCACACCGACUUUAGCUUGUGGGGACUAAUUCCACCCUGAGGAGCAAGGAGGGAAUCUCUCCAGUCGGAGAGACUGUUCUUUGAGUCAUGACUCAUGCGAGCUUGUAAUAUGGCUGGGUGGUGCUUGGGUAAUGGUGGUGGGGGGGCACCAGGUUUAGAUCUGUGUUUGUUUGUCUGUUGCAAGGCAAUCCAAUUUGAAACUCUCAUUAUAAGGUGUCGUGGAAAACACGUCUUGAGUGGAAGGGGAGCUGUGACAGUAAUAAAGGACACAAACGCAAGGCUAUCGCCAUAAUUGGUUUCUAUUGUCAGCUCUGGUAUCUUUUUAUGGUUCUCCGGCACGUUGAAGUGUGAGAUUCCUUGCUUUCGUUGCACGGUCAGAGUUCAGCCGCACUGGGAUCAAGUUGAGACUACUGAUGUGAAGGUUUAUACUCCAGUUACGAGGAUUUGAAAAAGAAGAGUCACAGAAAACACGUUUAUUGAUGGCUUACAAAGACUAAAAUAAUAGUUAAAUGACUUUAAAAGAAAUACAACAAAAAGACAUAAGGCGCCACAUUUGAAUAUGAAGGCAAUUAGGAUAUCAGUAGACUCCUGAUAAGCACGAACAAAAGACAAAAUAGUGAUUUAUUGUAUCACCUUUCAUUUUUAAUUAACUUUUGAUUUAUUUCAACACUUGCUUACAGUCAUGGAUUCAAACUGGCAGCAAACUAGCGAGGAGAUCCCAUCACGUGCAUCUCAUGUCUUCCUCAUCGUUAAGAAAAUGCCUCCGUUUUUCCAUUGUUCUUUUUCCCUGGGAAGUAUGUGUGGCCCAGGGAAGAAAUGGCAGUCAUCACCUCUCUCACAGCGUCCUCCGCGAAGUCUUUACAGCUAUAUUUACUGUGCAGCAGCAUCUAUAAAAUCAUUUAAUUGGGUUAAUGUUGUGAGGUACACAGGCCUCAGUUGCCAAUAAACACGUUACCUCAUGGCUCCUGUAAGAGAGCUGAGAGAGAAAAAUUGAAUCUUGGUUUAAUUCUCUGACCUGAAACUUGAGAGAAAAAGGUCAGGAAUUCUUUUCUGUGCUCACCUGCUUUCCGUUUUUUUUAUGAUAUCACCUCCUGUCAAUAAAUAAUCCCGCCUCAGUCUGUUUUUCCAGCCCCCCCUCCUCCCUUUUCCUUCUUGAUGUGAAAUGCACAUCUACAGGAAACACGAGUCAUGCAGCGGGGAAACCCUUUCGGGGAGGGAGGCUGCACUUGUGAUGUAACCAUGGCAACGGUGCGGUGUCUAUCCCAGAAGGGAUGAUCAACCUGUCUUAGUCAGUUCUUCUCAACAUCAUAAACAUUACUGCUCACAGUUGCUCAUGUAACCGUGAAGUUGAGGACUUCACCUACUAAAAAAUCUGCUGAAAUGCUUUGACAGAAGAGAAAAAUAUCAAGCUGACCUAUGAAAACUUUACAAUCUUCUGCAGGUUUUGAACCCCAACUCCCCAAAGCUUGUCUUAGGUUCCAGCUGAAUGCACUCAGAGGACCACCGGGCUGGAUGACCUGCUGCUCCCAGCUGGCUGCUGAGGUGCAGGAAGCGAAGUUCCCCCAGGAGCUGAUAGACCGACUGUCCCGCAGUGAAAUCCACAGCAUUAGCGACCUCCAGCGGCUACUGGAGAUUGACUCCGUAGGUACGGGAAACGAUGUCAUUGAGGAGCACAAGCACCACAAACACCACAACCACCAUAAGAACUUCUCUCGCCAUCACGGUUACUUCAACGACCUGAAGAGCUCGCAGCUCCACAGCCGACGCAAGAGGAGCCUUGUCGAGGAAGCAGUCCCGGCGGUGUGUAAGACACGGACUGUGAUCUAUGAGAUCCCCAGGAGCCAAGUGGAUCCCACCUCUGCCAACUUCCUGAUAUGGCCGCCCUGUGUGGAGGUGAAACGCUGCACGGGCUGCUGCAACACCAGCAACAUGCGCUGCCACCCAUCCCGCAAGCAUUACCGCAGAGUGAAGGUAGCCAAGGUGGAGUACAUCAGGAGGAAACCCAAGCUGAAAGAAGUCCUUGUGUGGUUAGAAGACCACCUGGAGUGUGUGUGCACAUCGCAGCAUCAUGUAUUAGAGCACUCAGAUGCAGACACAGGCCAUCGUAGGGCUAAAGGUAAAAAAAGGAAACCUAAAAUACUAAGGCCCAGCAAGGACUUAUUGGUGACAAAAUAAAGUUGAUCUCAUUACCCAAAAAUCUACUGGAGGGCCGAGGAGGGAACAGUGGAUGUGAGGUGAGACCGGUCAAAGCAAGGCACUUCUGCUUGGGAGGGACAUAAUAAAAGAGGACGCCACCAACAGGACACCUGCUCUGUCCUCUUUCCCAUCGCCACGCGAUUUUUGCUAAAGACUUUCCUAAUAAAGUGGCUAAAAAAGAGACAACAGACUCAAUCCAGAAAGAUGCCAAAGGUGCUUAAAACAGGAAGAAGUCUGCCCCGUACCCCACCAGCUGAACUGUUCCACCGACUGACAAGAAGGUGCAGCUCGGGCAGGACAGAAAGAUCCCGAUGGGAGACGAUGAAAGGGAUUUGCGCUCCACUUUUUUGUUUGAAAGGACAUCAGACUUUGAUGGGAAUCCAGCCCACCGACUCAACACGAAGGCCCUCCGUAAUUUAAAUGUGUCUCCCACACCCAAGAAGAAAAGAAAAAAGAGACAGGUUUUGGAACAAUAAUGCAAAAAGUGACAGACAGCAGAUGGGUGUUGGAGAUUUGCUCGGAAUAAAAGCAAACCUUUAUUUUUUCCAAGAACCUCCGUGACUUUGCUCACCUGCUAUGUACAGUUUAAAUUUAAAAACCGAGGAUGCGCCGCUACUUACAAACUAUUUAUAUGUGUGGACAAUUUUUUUUUUGUCUCUUUCAAUAGUUAAAAAAAGGCAGAAAAUGUGUUUUUUUAUGAUCUCACAGAAAUGCAAGUUGUCUGUGUGGUCUUUGUAUUCUUCAGUAUCACAAUCUCAGUGUCAAUUUGUUUUUUUUUUUAGUUUUUCUCUUUCAAAACCAUGUUUCGUAUUAUAUUGCAGUAUAUCUGAUUGAACUUUUGCAUAUGGUUUGAAUAUGUGUGUGCAAGGAGGAGAUGUGAAAGUCAGUACAGGAAGAUGCUUUAUUUUUUUUAAUGAAAUAUAUUAUGCAUACUUAUAUCCAUACAUGUCAUUUGUCUUUGUUGUGGUUGAACGAAAACAUUUCAUCGGUUGGAAAAACUUAAAAAAAAAAAAAA